UGGACGAACAUCUGCUGCCAGUAAGAGAUAUUUGAAUGCAGAGACACAUUUAGAAACUCGUGUAUUUGCUUCUAUUUGGAUUUCUCGCCCACGUUCUGGAGCUCUCCGGUCGAGGAAACUUCCAGCCUCUGUGGGAUGUUUGACCAAAACCACCAGCAUUAGUCUGGACGGCUGAGUGCAGAGAGACGUGGAGGAGGUGGAGCUGGAGAAGCUGGUGGCUCGCCCAGGGAUGAUGUUGUUGUUGUUGUUGGCGUCGUGUCAGCUGUGGCGGGGGAACCUGUGAAACAUGAAGGUGGACGCGCUGACCUGCCUGGCUCUGGCCUUGGCCAGCCUCGUCGCCAUGGUGACCUGCGGUCGCAGCUCUGGGCGCAAGAAGCACAAGGAGGUCUUCAUCGGCGAGAACAGCAAGUUCAAGUUCGGAGGACGCAUUGACUACAAACUGAAGAGGCAGGACAGCACAAAAACGCUGCUAAUAAAAAGUGAACAGCUGCUGAGGAUCGAGGAGCACGACUUCGCCAUGAGACCAGGCUUCGGAGCUGCAGCCAUCCCCGUAGGCAUCGACGUGCAGGUGGAGAGCAUCGACAGCAUCUCAGAGGUCAACAUGGAUUUUACCAUGACUCUGUACCUGCGUCACUAUUGGAAAGACGAGCGGCUGGCGUUUCCGUCCAGAAACAAUCAGAGCAGGACGUUCGACUCCAGGCUUGUGAAGAAGAUUUGGGUUCCCGACGUCUUCUUCGUCCACUCCAAGCGCUCCUUCAUCCACGACACCACUAUGGAGAACAUCAUGCUACGGGUUUACCCCGACGGAAACAUCCUCUACAGCGUUAGGGUCACUGUGACGGCGCUCUGCUCGAUGGAUUUUAGCAGCUUCCCUCUGGACACGCAGAACUGCUCGCUGGAGCUGGAGAGCUAUGCAUACAAUGAGAAUGACCUGAUGCUUUACUGGAAGAAUGGAAACGAUUCUCUGAGGACCGACGAGAUCGUCUUGUCUCAGUUCUUCAUUGAGCAUUUCCAAGCAUCAAGUGGCCUGGCUUUCUACAGCAGCACCGGUUGGUACAACCGUCUGUUCAUUAACUUCAUCCUGCGGAGGCACAUCUUCUUCUUCAUGCUGCAGACGUACUUCCCCACCAUGCUGAUGGUCGUUCUGUCCUGGGUUUCCUUCUGGAUCGACAGGCGGGCCGUCCCCGCUCGCGUCUCUCUGGGUAUGACCACAGUUCUCACGAUGUCCACCAUCAUCACGGGCGUGUCCUCCUCCAUGCCUCAGGUGUCGUACGUGAAAGCGGUGGAUAUCUACCUGUGGACCAGCUUCCUGUUUGUCUUCCUGUCUGUGAUCGAGUACGCCGCCGUGAACUACUGCACCACUCUGGAGGAGAUGAGGAAGAUGAAGAGAGGGAAGAUCCCAUCCACCUUCAAUGCCAGCCAGGCGAUGGCCUUCGACGGCUGUUUCCACGACGACGACAUAGAGCUGACUCCCUUUUCCCGCCUAGCACCCACCCUGACCUCCGACCCCCUCACCAUGCCGACGCAAACCCCAGACAUCCGGCCGAUGGAGGGGACGCGCCUCCGCCGGCAGCGGUCCGUGCGUGAAAACGUGGACCUGCUGGUCAGCAACAGCUACAUGAUCGACUCGUACUCCCGUCUCGCCUUCCCGCUGUCCUACCUGCUCUUCAACACCAUCUACUGGAGCCUGUACUCCUGAUGCUGCAAACUCUUCAUGAACUCACGAUGAGUCAGAGAGCGUGCUCCUCUUCACUGAAUUAACUCUUGAUCACAGGAGGCCCUUCAGCUCCAGCCUCAUCACUAAUCAUGUUUCUCACAAGAGACAUAAAAGCACUUAAGUUCUUCAGAGUGGGGACAGUUUCACCCUGACAUUUGUCUCACAGGAGUGGGUUGACACUUUGAAAGCACCCUGAUUUAUUUUUAUUUUUUAAUAUGUGACUCUUGUUUCUGUGUUUCAUAAGAAUCUUUCACUUAUUUUUGUCUGUACCUUUAUCAGUUUCCUUAGCAACAGGGAAAGGUCAAAGUUAGGUGAAAAACAUCUUUCCUCUUGUCACGAAUGAUGCACUGCUGUUCGUCUGGAUUUGUGAAUUUAGGGCGUUUAGAAACCUGCACGGAUGUUCAAGUUAAAAACUAAACAUGUUCUUUUAUAGGCUUUAUAAGUCUAUUUAGACUUUUUGUAUUCAUAUUUAAUAAAGAAAUAAAUAAAGUUUCCAGCACCGCCCCAG